AUGUCUUACUCCACUCCCCCAUUCAAACCAACCAUCCCCCUCGAACCUUUCACCAUCUCGAUCCCAGAUAAGGAUAUCGAGGAACUAAAGACUUUGAUCAAACUAUCGAGAUUGCCCAAGGAGACUUAUGAGAAUAUCGAUGCUGAGAAGAAAGGGUUUGGAGUCAGUAGGAAGUGGUUAGAGGAUACUAGGAAGUAUUGGUUAGAGGAGUACGAUUGGCGAAAGCAAGAAUCUCGUAUAAACGCUCAACCAGCUUUCAAAGCUACGGUCAAAAACGCCGAUGGACUGGAAUACAAGAUCCAUUUCGCAGCGUUAUUCUCCAAGAGGAAAGAUGCUAUCCCAAUCAUACUCAGUCAUGGAUGGCCUGGAGCGUACAUCGAGUUUUUGGGUUUGAUGGAGGUUAUCAGAGCGAAGUAUUCAGAUGAUGAAUUACCCUACCACCUCAUAUUCCCCUCUACACCGGGAUACUUAUUCUCCUCGUCGACACCUAACGACCGCGAGUUCUCGAUUGAAGAUGUCGGAUACCUCUAUGACCAAGUCCUGAAGGGACUUGGGCUGGGAGAUGGAUAUAUCGCACAGGGCGGGGAUGUUGGGAGUCAUAUUACCAAUGAACUGGGUAGAAGUCAUGAGGGUUGUAAAGCGAUCCACCUUAACAUGCGGAUCGUCAAACCCGCGCCAGCCGGUACCCCCGAACAUUCCCAACCAUGGGGUAUACCCGAAUUCCUCGAGUGGUUGCAGAAAUACGGCUACAACCUCGAACAGGCCACUCGACCAUCUACCAUCGGUCUCGUACUGGGUUCCAACCCUAUCAGCCUGUUAUGUUGGAUAGGAGAGAAAUUCGUCGAAUGGUCAAAUGAAACUCCAAGUUUGGAUACGAUAUUGACUUUUAUAAGUCUUUAUUGGUUCACUGAUACUUUCCCUAGUUGUAUCUUCAGUUAUAGAUAUGGCUUCGGAUCUAAAAGAAAUGUCCACACAGCCGACAAAGAAUAUCAACAUAAACCAACGGGAUACAGUUAUUUCCCUAAGGAAAUCACACCUAUACCUGUACAUUGGGUUAAGACCGCUCAUAAUCUAGUAUGGAGUAGGGAACAUAAAGCGGGAGGUCACUUUGCAGCUCUAGAAGGUCCAGAGAUACUUUUAGACGAUGUUGAAGAUUUCGUUAAGCAGGUUUGGCCAGAGGUAUCAAAAUGA